UUAACGGCUCAUUCAACCACUCCACCUGUGCGCGCCAAACCCACCUCUCUCUCUCUCUCUCUCUCUCUCUCUCAUCAUCUUCCUGCAGCUUCUCCCACCGCCUGCUGCAGUCUGAAUCGUUCUUCUCAAUUCCCCCACCCCCGCCCCCGCCCCCCCACCCAGUGCCGGUCAACCAUGGCUUCGUCGCUGCUGAACGGCGAGCGAGCCGUGGUUCUGCUCUUCAUCGCUCCCAUCCUCCACGCUACUCCCCUCUCUCUCCUCCCCGAAGCCCUCUCCCUCUCCCUCCUCGCCCUCUUUGCCCUCGUCAUCGAGGUAUUCGCCGACUCCUCCCCCAAUUCCCAACUCGCCCAAUUCAAGACCAGGCGAGGGGCUUCAUCUGGGAUUCUACUUGGGGCGGUUACGCUUCCCUGUCUAAUGAUCUCGAGGUUGAUACAGCUAUUGAGAGCUCUGUCUUUACAUGAAAUUGGAGUUCAAGAUCUUGAAUAUCUGCGGCUUCAAUAUUGGGCCACAUUUGCCUGUGGCUUCAAUGUGCUUGGUUUCCUUGGCUACCGUCUUUGGCAACUACCCAACAAUAUACAGCCCAUUUCUGUGCGUACUACUUGGGAUGUGAAGUUUAUCUUCAGUUGCCUAGCAUUGUGUGGAACAGUCUAUUGUGUGUUAUUUGCUACGAAAUAUCAUAUUGGCUGGUCUGCGGCAUUGAAGUUAUUGUGGGUGCUAAGUCAGGGUCUUGCUACUGUGAAGUUAAUUCAGCAUGUGGUUCAUAAUUUCCCUUUUUGUGCUUCCAUUGGGGAGGCACUUUUGGUGACUGGUGGUCUUGUUAUCUAUUUUGGGGACAUGUUUGCACUUACCUUCGCGAAGAUUCAUGGAUACUUAUCGCAAUCAGAGUUGACAUAUGUGCAAUAUGGAAUCAAAAGAAGUGAAAUAAGUAUCAUUAUUCAGGGCAUGGUACUUGGACUUCUUCUUUUCCCGAUAUUCCUUAAACUUAUUCUACCAAUUUGGGAAUGCUUCACAACUUCAGAAUACUCCAAUGGAAGGGCUUAUCAUGAGAUUGGAAAAUCUGUUAUGUUCUAUGCUUCUCUGGCUUCGGUCUUGAUUGUAAUUGUUCCGUUGUGGAUGCAAAUUGUUCAAACUUUUCAUGUGCAUCCUUUAUUAUGGGUAAUUGAUUUUAUUGUCUCAGAACCUUUUAAGAGGCUUUCAUUGUGUAUCUACUGGGUUGCUGUUAUACUUGUGUCUGUCCGACGAUUUUACAACAUCUCAAAGAAUAGUAAGAUUGAGAGGAUCCUUCUUCGAAAGUACUACCAUCUGAUGGCUGUUUUAAUGUUUCUGCCUGCUCUAAUCUUCCAGCCUAAGUUUCUUGAUCUGGCAUUCGGUGCAGCUUUGGCAGUGUUCUUGGUGUUGGAAAUUAUUCGAGUGUGGAGAAUUUGGCCUUUGGGACAGCUGGUGCACCAAUUCAUGAAUGCUUUUACGGACCAUCGUGAUUCGGAUCUCCUUAUUGUCAGCCAUUUUUCACUCUUAUUGGGCUGUGCGCUUCCUAUUUGGAUGUCUUCUGGGUUCAACGAUCGACCUCUUGCCCCUUUUGCUGGAAUUUUGAGUCUCGGAAUUGGAGAUACGAUGGCAUCAAUGGUUGGCCACAAGUAUGGUGUCCUCAGGUGGAGCAAAACAGGCAAGAAAACCGUGGAAGGUACUGCAGCUGGUAUAACAUCUGUCCUUGUGGCUUGCUCAGUUCUACUUCCUCUUCUAGCAACGACUGGCUAUAUUUUCACUCAGCAUUGGUUCUCUCUUCUCUUAGCCGUGACUGUGAGUGGUUUGUUGGAGGCCUACACAGCACAACUUGAUAAUGCCUUCAUACCGCUCGUUUUCUACAGCCUUCUCUGUCUGUAACUGAAGCUUUGGUGACCACUAAAAAUAAGCUCACAGGAACUUUCAAAAGGGAAAUAACCAAAUUCUUUGCAAGAGCCAUGUUUCUUGAUUGUUGGUAGAUAAUAGAUAUAGCUUGGUUAAUCUUUUCGUGGUUUACUUGGGAUUUUGCGUUCUGUAUAGAUACAAAGUGCUAACCUUUACUUUUUCUGGUACAUGAAGUGCUAACCUUUACAUACAUGUGUCCGGGAAGAAUGGCGAGAGUGAUUCUAUAGAGAUAGGGAUUGAGUGCUUUAGAAAACUUUCGAACAGUUGAUAUAACAUAGUGAAGUUUUUAUCAUCCCA